AUAUUCUUGUUAUCCUAAUUUAUAAAUUAUAAACUCAAAUAUACAGUAUUUCUCUAAUAUGUGAAAAUUUUUCAAAAAUAAUAGUUUUUAUGAAAAUUAUUUUAAAAUACAACAUGUUCAUGAAAAACUCUGAAAGAUUAAUCAAAUAUCCAUAAAAUUAUCCCACUCAUUUUUUAUGUUUUUAAGCCAUUUGAACGUUUUUGAAUAUGCAGGUUUUUCAGAUCUGGAUUUAAUAUGCAGGUUUUUCAGAUCUGGAAAACUUUUGGGACGACUUACUUGUUUGUAAUGGUUCGCUGUAACGAAGACCAUUUUUUCCCUCUUCCUACGCCACCUCCUCUCAAUUAGAACUCGGUAUAUUAAAAUUGACCAUAUCCAUAUAAUGGAUCAAGAUGUCAUCGGUAAAAACAUAUAUAUUCAUAUGUUUUCUUAUAUUGAAAUUUGACCAUAGGAAAUUGUUUUAAUUGUAUGACACCAAAUUUAUUUCUGGUUUACAGCUUUAAUAAACCGGAUCUAUUACAUUAUUACCCGUAAAAAUGGAUCAAAUUAUUAUUUUAGUUAGUUUUCUAUAUUUCCAUAUCUUUAAAGAUGAGAAUUAUUAAUUCAAAAUACAUGUAGUUAUAUUUUUUUUCCUUUUUCAUUAGAUAAAUUAUUUGAACAAGAUUAUACUAACAAAUUAUAAAAAUAUGUAAUCAAAAAACAUACUUAAAUACAUAACAAAUACAUAAAAAUAUAUAUACAAAUUAUAAAAAUACAUAACAAAUAUAUAAAAUAUGUUAGAUUAUUUUAUAUAAAAAUACAUAAUAUUAUAAUCAAAAUCUAGUACAUAUUUUUAAAAGUCAAUACUAUUUGGUAAUGACACAUAAAUAUUUAACAACAACAGACAUUGUCUUUAUUCAUUGAUUUGAUUCCAAAUGUGUAGUGUGGAAAAUCUGAAAGUUAUACAGUAAUGACACAUGUCAAAUUUUAACAACCCUUACAAGAAUAAGCAUCGUUUCCUUUGGAUACAAUGUACUUCUUUUUUUUUGGUAAAAAAAAAACAAAAUAUCACCCUACUGACACAUGUCAAAAUUCUUUCUAACAUAUGUUACAUACCAGUAAUCAUUGUUUCAUUGAAUACAAUGCUUUUUUUUGACAAAUAUCAAUAAAAUUGAUUAUGUUGUCUAAAGAAUAGGGAAAUUUACACUAUGGAUUCUUUCUAGUAUUUGCUUGUGUAUGUGUAUAUAUAGAGGUAUAUAGACCAAGAUAUAGAAUUAUAAGAGACACACUCAUUAAAAUAGGAUCAGUCUAAUAAGAAAGACAAUGUUGUUCUUAUCGAUCAUUUUAUCGUUAGGAUUUGUCUUCCUCUCUAUAAUUUUGAUUCAUUAUGUUUCAGUAUCUAAGCAAAAUGAAACAAAAGAUAAUAACUCAUCGCUAAGUGGUAGCAUGGGAUGGCCGUUUAUUGGAGAAACCAUUUCUUUCUUCAAACCUCAUAGAUCAGACUCCAUUGGCACAUUCUUGCAACAACGUGUUUCACGGUAUGGAAAAGUUUUCAUGUCAAAUCUAUGCGGUGGAAAAGCAAUAGUGUCAUGUGACCAAGAACUCAACAUGUUCAUACUUCAAAACGAAGGGAAGUUAUUUACAUCGGAUUAUCCAAAAGCGAUGCAUGACAUUCUCGGCGAAUAUUCCCUCUUACUAGCUACCGGAGAAAUUCACAGGAAACUAAAAAAUGUUAUCAUUAGCUUCAUCAAUCUCACAAAGUCGAAACCCGAGUUUCUUCUCUGCGCAGAGAACCUCUCUAUAUCGAUGCUAGAGUCAUGGAAAAAUUGCCGAGAAAUCGAAUUCCAUAAAGAAGUUAAAAUGUUUACUAUGAGUGUUAUGGUAAACCAACUAUUGAGCAUCAAACCAGAAGAUCCAGCAAGACGUUAUGUAUUACAAGAUUUUUUAACUUAUAUGAAAGGGUUUGUAUCGUUACCAGUACCGCUUCCAGGAACGGCCUAUACAAACGCAAUUAAGGCUAGGAAGAGAUUGUCCACGAGGGUUAUGGACAUGAUAAAACAAAGAGAACAAGAGAUGAAAAAAGGAUUAAGAGAAGAAGAUUUUCUAGAUGUGAUCAUGUCAAAUGAGGAUCUAAAUUAUGAAGAGAAAGUUAGUAUUGUAUUGGACAUUUUGCUUGGAGGCUUUGAAACGAGUGCCACUCUUCUUUCCUUGGUUGUCUAUUUUCUCGCAAAAUCACCAAAUGAUCUUCAAAAACUCAAGGAAGAACAUGAAUCAAUUAGAGCCAAGAAAGGAGAUGAAGAACUCUUGAACUGGGAAGAUUAUCAGAAGAUGGAAUUCACCCAACGUGUGAUGUCUGAAGCACUGCGAUGUGGAAAUAUCGUCAAGACGGUACAUCGAAAAACUACCCAUGAUAUUAAAUUCAAAGAAUAUGUGAUUCCAAAGGGAUGGAAGGUGUUUCCUAUUUUCACAGCAGUACAUCUUGAUCCAUCUCUCCAUGAAAAUCCUUAUGAAUUUAAUCCCAUGAGAUGGACUGACAAGGGGAAGAUGAAUAAGAAAACGACGGCGUUUGGAGGAGGAGUACGGGUAUGUCCUGGUGGUAAACUUGGAAAACUCCAGAUAGCUUUCUUCCUUCAUCAUCUUGUCCUCUCUUAUAGGUGGAAAAUCAAGUCAGAUGAAAUGCCAAUAGCGCAUCCUUACGUAGAGUUCAAGAGAGGCAUGCUUUUGGAGAUCGACCCAACAACUUAAAUCCAUGAAGAUUAGCUGCGUUAAAAAUGAAUCCAUCUGAUAUUGAAAUUUAAAUUAACCUUCAGAAACUAAAAAUCUAGCGUUUUAAUUAUGUCGUAUUUUAAGUUGCUUCCGUAGCAAAAUCGUGUAUGAUAUUGAUAUAUUAGUUAGCUGUUCUUUUCAAUCUUGCUCUUUCUCUCAUGUAUAUUGUUUGAAUAAUGUUGGAGCUGACUCUAUUUUUAUGUUGGUAAUGUCGGUUUGAACAAUUUUUAAAAUUAA